UGGCCUCCCCUUCCUUCCUUCCUUCCCUCCCUCCCUGAGGAAGAGAGAGUGUCUGUGUCUGUAUGGGAGAGAGCGAGCCUCCCUGGCGGGGCCUAGGCCUGCGAUGCUGCCAGAGGCUGCUCCCGCUUGCUGAGGGCCACUUCCUCCUCCUCCUCCUCCUCCUCCAGCUCCUGUGGGCGCAGCGAGACCACGAGGCCGAGGCGACGCCGAGACGGAAGGCAGCCCAAGGGACUCCCAGGCAAAGACACCCCACACACACCUCCAGCCUCUGCGGAGGAGGAAGACCUGGCCCUGGACCCAAAGGGCCUCUGCACACACGGCUUUUUAGGCCUGCAUGCCUGGGUAUUAUAAAGCGUUUUUCAGAGCGUUUUAGGCAGAGUAUGGAAGAAGCACACAAAAACAGUAACAAUUCAGCAGCUUCCCCACAAACAGCAUCGUUACAAGGUACCACUCUCCAGGCAACUCAGCUUUCUCGUGUUUCUCAACAGAUGUCCCUUAGAGGUCCAACUCCUUUGGCAGCUUUCACAAAAUCUGUGCACCUUUGUGGUGAUCAAGUCCAGGGAGUCAUUCAUGCAGCUCAGACCUCCUCUGUCAUUCACUCACCACAAGGGCAAUCAGUGCAGGUGUCUUUGUCAGAGAGUGAGGAUUCGCAAGAUUCCUCAGAUAGUAUAGACUCUUCACAGAAAGCCAGAGGUAUUCUAGCACGCCGUCCAUCUUACAGAAAAAUUUUGAAUGAUCUUUCUUCUGAAGAUACACAUGCUAGGAAAGGAGAUGAGGCAAAUGUCUCUACUGUCACAUCUAUGUCUGUCUCUACACCUGUUUACCAGACCAGCACUGGACAAUACAUUGCCAUUGCCCCAAAUGGACCAUUACAGCUAAACAGCCUGGGUGCAGAGAGUAUGCAGGGUUUGCAGGCAAUUACAAAUGCUGGUGGGACUCCACUAUUGCAGUACAUGCAAACAUCUGAUGGUCAACAGAUACUUGUGCCAAGCAACCAGGUAGUAGUGCAAACAGCAUCAGGUGACAUGCAGACAUACCAGAUACGGAGUACACCAACCACCACUUCCCUCCCCCAGACUGUGGUAAUGACAUCUCCUGUCUCCUUGACAUCGCAGUCAGCCAAGACAGAUGAUCCACAAUUGAAACGAGAAAUAAGGCUGAUGAAAAACAGAGAAGCUGCUCGUGAGUGCCGUAGAAAGAAGAAGGAAUACGUCAAAUGUCUUGAAAAUCGAGUUGCUGUUCUUGAAAACCAGAAUAAAACUCUAAUUGAAGAACUAAAAACAUUGAAAGAUCUUUACUGCCAUAAAAAUGUGUAAGAAAAAACUAACAAAAUCUCUCUUUUUUUUGAACAUCAGAUUUUGCAGAGGAAAUUUUUUUAUAUUAUUUUUUAAACAUUAAGAUGGAAGGUCAAAAAUGAAUUUCUUCUCUUCAAAUUCUACAUUUAAGACUCUUGGAAGACUUCUGCUGGUGCAACUGGAAUCUUCAUUAGAUCAGAAUAAAUGGACAUGUACGUUCUGUCAAUCAAGAGAUGGAAUUGCUUGCGGUGCAGUUGAAUUUUUUUUUAAAAUGCUUGUAACAUUUGAUUGAAGAGCUUUUGUCUUCAGCUGUAAAAAUCUAUUAGUGUGUUUGAUCAGUACAGGUUCAAAUUUAUUAAAUCUCUGAUACUCAGUUUUCUUUAGCCCCUUCACUUUAGGGCUUCUCUCUGCAGGUAAACACACAGAUGGCAGCAGGCUCUGCCAUCUGCCACCUACGUGUUGAAAUGCAUAACUGAUAUGUAACUCCAGAUGUGCCAGCAUCAUAUGAUUGGAAAUGCUAUUUCUAAAGGCUUCUCUGAUUGUGUUUCAGUUUGCUGCUGCUUGCCACCUGUGUGUUCAUUUUAUGCAUGGAGAAGAACCCUAACAGGAAGGGUUUUUUUCUACUAUUGUAUGUAAAUAUAAUAUUUUUUGCUGUAAAUUCUAAUCUCUGUGUUGAGAAAAUAUAGGAUAGUACUUUGAUAGAAGUAUAUAUUUGCAUUUAACAAAGACAGUAUGGGUUUUUUUAUAUAUAUAAAAUGUGCGCUGUGAUUAUCAGUGUUGGUAAAGCCAGUGGACUCCGUCUAGCCAGAGGCACAUAAAUAUCGGUUAGCAAGGGUUCCCCCCCCCCCCCAAAUAGGUGACAUAUCAUUGCUGAUACUAACAUUUUGAUGUGUUUUAUGAUGGAACAGAAUUUUCACAGGGAUAUUUAUGUUUAAUUAUGGAAUAGGAUUCCCCCCCCCCCCCCGCCAAGAUAAACAGAAAUGAUUGUAUUAUGUGAGCAGGUGUCACAUAAGGUUUGAAGAUCUUGUUCUUCUUGGAUUACAACAAAUUUCCAUAGCUCAACCCCAUUUUAAAACACAAUGGCUGGAAUCCCAUUGGGGAAUUAUGAAUGCAUAAGCACUGUAGUUAUGGUCCUACAAAGCUACUCUUAUCCUGAUCCCCAUAAUUUCUACUUAUUGGGCAAUGGCUACAGUGAUCAGGUUCAGCUCCCCUGUCAAUUAGGAAGGAUGUUCCCACCUCCUCCUGUGAGCAGUCUCCAUUGUAACAGGCAGAAAACAGAGACCCUGUUGCAAUUUCCACUUGUCCAAGGGGGGCUGGGAUCGUCUGCCAGCUGCCUCUCAAUCCAUGGGAACAAGCCCCCACUGAUCACACUAGCUGCUUUCCAGUAAUUGGAGAUUGGAGCUUUUUCAUGGUCCCAAUGUAUCCCUUAAAGUAGGGCCUGUGUAGAGAUCAUGAAUACAAUACAAGUAUCAUAGGUAACCUCUAGGUUACAUAUUCACAACUGCCCAACAGGAUUCCAGCCAAGAAAUUUAAAAUGACAUACCAAAGAUAAAACUGAACAUUAACAAGACUUCAUUUGUAAACCUGAUAGUAAUUUGUUGAAAUAACUCCAAUUUUUAUAAGGUGGUAAUCCAGUUGAAAUAAGAUACUUGAUAUUUUUUAUAGAUGAAGUAUUACUUUUCCAGUUCUAUAAAUUGAGUUUAUAUGAAUAUUUUAAAUAUUUAUACAGCUUCGGUAAAUAUUUUCCCUCUCAGAUUUUCAACUCUAUUUUUAAGAGAUGCUGAAGAAAAUUAUUACCUAUUUCUAUAUAUUUCACUUGGCACAGUUUAAUGAAUAGAAAAUAGUUUAUUAGCAAUCAUAGAAAAAUGCACAAGCAUUUGCACUCAGUAUAAAGAUGUCAGGGAUAAUAAUAAUGUACCUUUGGUUAUUUGUUUCAAAAAAUGUUAAAGGAGCUUUCACUGUUAGCUCACUGUUCUUGAGCACACAAUGGACAUUAAAUCAACAAAUAUAGCCGUACCGCAGUUAAUACUGAAUCAUUACAGUGGUGUCCUUUGAAAUGUUGUCAUUUACAUGUAUACUGUAUUAGUGCAAGCCUUGUUAAAAAAAUUAGAUUUCUUGAGCUUAUUAUGACAAUCAUUCCAAAGAAGGUCUUAUUAAAUCAUUUCUUCCAAUACAAAA